AACGUCAUUAACAGAACCUGCUGAGGGAACGUCAAAAUAUUUAGAUAGAAACAUUACCUGUGAAUGGCGGCGAUUGAGAAAGUGAAGGUGGUCGUUCUUGGGGACUCCGGGGUUGGCAAAACAUCACUUACAUAUUUAAUUGCACAUAAUAAGCCACUGAUAUCACCAGGAUGGACAGUGGGCUGUUCUGUAGAGGUAAAGUUACACAGGUUUAAGGAAGGAACCCAAGCACAAAACACUUUCUUUGUAGAACUUUGGGACGUUGGAGGUUCAAAUGGCCAUAGGAAUACUCGAAAUGUUUUCUAUCAACCUACACAUGGAAUAAUUUUAGUCCAUGACUUAACUAAUAGGAAGAGUCAAGUAAAUUUACAAAAGUGGCUGACUGAAAUUUUAAAUCAGGACAGCACUAAUCCUACAUUCCAGCAGGUUGAUGUUGACCCUGAACAGUUUCUUGGUUCAACCCAGAUACCUAUUUUGGUGAUUGGCACAAAGUUUGACUUAGCAGAAGAAAAGCAAAGGAAAAAUCAAUACAGACGACUGUCCAGUAGCAUUGCAGAGCAGUGUGGAGCAGAUGAAAUAUUUGUCAAUUGUUUUCAAGCAAGAUCUUUGGCUCCUGGCACAAGUAACUCAGUGAAAUUAACAAGAUUUUUUGAUAAGGUAAUAGAACGACGUUACUAUUCACGAGUGAGUCCGUUUACUGACAAGAGACGUAUACCGCCUUACAUCAUGGCACCUUCUACGCCACUCUCCACCAACAAACCUCCGCAAUAUUUAAGCCCACGUUUCUACCAUAUGGAUUAAUUCAUUAAUUUAUUAAUAUUUUCUUAUUUAUUGAAGUCCUGUGAUGCAAUACCGAAGAGAGGCUUUAUAAAAGUCCUGUGAAAAUUAAU